AUGGAAUAUGGAGAAGAGCCCCCGAUUAAAAGAACUAGAAGAAGUUUUCUAAUGCUUCCUGAUGAUUUGGUAUUAAACUGCUUAGCUCGCAUCUCAAGAUUACAUUAUCCAACUCUCUCAUUAGUCUCCAAAACAUUUCGCUCUCUUCUUGCUUCAACGGAGCUUUACCAAACCCGAAUCCUCUUAGGCCGAACCGAGAGUUGUCUUUACGCGUGCUUACGACUCCGUACCGAUUCUGAACUACUACAUUGGUUCAUUCUGUGCCACAGACCACAUAGCUCCAAAAACGUUUUGGUUCCGAUUUCAUCUCCCAGUUUUACCUCCCCAUCCCUGCCGGGUGUUGUAGUGGUUGGUCCUGAUGUAUAUGCCAUUGGCGGUGGAUCAAAGAAUAAAAACGUUUCGAUAUAUGCCACUGGAUCAAAGACUUAUAACGCUUUGUCUAGCGUUAUGAUUAUGAACUCUCGUUCUCACACAUGGCAUGAAGCUCCAAGCAUGCGGGUGGGCCGUGUGUUUCCAUCUGCUUGUACUCUUGAUGGGAGAAUAUAUGUUACGGGAGGCUGCGACAAUCUCGAUACAAUGAACUGGAUGGAGAUUUUUGAUACGAAGACUCAAACUUGGGAGUUUCUACAGAUCCCUAGCGAGGAGAUAUGCAAAGGCUCUGAGUACUUAAGCGUAAGUUAUCAAGGAACCGUCUAUGUGAAGUCUGAUGAAAAAGAUGUGACUUACAAGAUGCAUAAAGGUAAAUGGAGAGAGGCAGACAUAUGUAUGAAUAAUGGAUGGAGUCUGUCGUCAUCAUCAUCUUAUUGUGUGGUAGAGAACGUGUUCUACCGUUACUGUGAGGGGGAGAUACGUUGGUAUGACCUCAAGAAUAGAGCAUGGACAAUUUUGAAGGGCUUGGGAAGAUUGCCUAGUUUGCCUACUUCUCAUUCAAAUGUUAAAUUGGCGGAUCAUGGUGGAAAAAUGGCGAUUUCUUGGGAGGAGUAUAUGUUUGUUGAUAGGGAAAAAAAGAUUUGGUGUGCGGAAAUUGCGAUUGAAAAACACCAAAAUGGGGAAAUUUGGGGAACGCUUGAGUGGUUUGACAAUGUGUUUAUAUCCAAAACGCCAAACGGUUAUGUGGGUUUAGUGCAUGCUCUUACUGCUACGGUUUGGUGA